AAAGGAAUAUGGAUAUGGGGCCAAGGUAAGAAAACCGUUGUGAAUCUGCAACUCUCUGCUUAGCUCUAGCCAGUCUCUUCAAUUUUCCCAUCUCACAGUUCCCAUUUCUCUUUAAUUAACGGCCAGGACGGAGAAAAAAGAAGAAAAGGGGAAAUGGAAAAUUAAUAGCAGAAGAAGGAAGAAGUGGCCUGCUGCUGCUCUCUUUCCUAGAACAAAGUCUUCUCAACUUCCCAGGAUCACAAUUCACAACUUUCAACUUCUUCUCGAACGAGGAGGAAAUUUCACCAUGUGAAGUUGCUUCAGUUACUUGGCCGUCUCCUUCCUUGGUCUGAUGAUGUCGGACCAAAGCUGACAACUUUUCUUCUCCCGCGAUUUGUAAACUGAAUUUGAUCUCGGCCCUCGAAAAUGGCGAAGAGGAUGAUGCGCAGGGUAGCAGGGAUGAAUAUCGACCAAGUUGUGGAGGUCUUCAAUGCUCUUUAUGAAGAGAAGAAGCCCAUCCUACCAUUUUUGAUUCCCUUGUUGUUGUUUCUUUGGUGCGUUGAGAGAUGGGUUUUCUCUCUUUCCAAUUGGGUUCCUCUUGCUGUUGCUGUUUGGGCUCUUCUUCAGUAUUCGAGUCAUCAGAAAAGAAUGCUUGUGGAAGAUCUGAACAGAAAGUGGAAACGAGUUAUAUUAAGCACAUCGGCAACAACAGCUGUAGAACACUGUGAGUGGCUGAACAAGAUGUUGCUGGAAAUUUGGGCGAAUUAUUUCAACCCACGGCUUUCUACAAGGUUCUCAUACAUAGUGGAGAGACUCUUAAAGGAGCGGAAACCCAAGCUCAUAGAAUGGGUUGAACUGCAGGAGUUUUCUCUAGGCUCAUCCCCACCUAGCUUGGGCCUUAGUGGGAGUCGCUGGGCAACUGCAGGUGACCAGCGAGUGAUGCACAUGAGUUUUGAUUGGGACACCUGUGACAUGAGCAUCAUGCUAUUGGCUAAGUUGGCCAAGCCAUUAGGAACUGCUCGGAUUGUUAUUAACAGCCUGCAGAUCAAGGGUGAUCUUCUCUUGAUGCCAAUUUUGGAAGGGAGAGCAGUUCUCUACUCUUUUGUGUCGACUCCUGAAGUAAGAAUAGGAGUCGCCUUUGGAAGUGGUGGAAGCCAAUCUCUACCUGCCACUGAGCUUCCUGGCGUUUCUUCUUGGUUGGUCAAACUUUGCUCUGACACCUUAGAUAAAACAAUGGUUGAGCCUCGACGUCGGUGUUUCUCUUUACCGGCUGUAGACUUGAGAAAGAAGGUUGUUGGUGGGAUUGUACAUGUGACGGUUGUUUCAGCUAGUAAACUUUCUAAGUCUAGUUUCAAGGGAAGUCCAACAAGAAAGCAGCAACAGAGUUCAGAAGAUGGUGUUGAUGAUAAUGAUUUGCAGACUUUUGUGGAAGUCGAGCUUGGUCAGUUAACAAGGAAGACAAAUGCAAGACCAGGCUCAAGUCCCAAAUGGAAUUCAACUUUCAACAUGGUGCUACAUGAAGAAACUGGAAUCUUGCGGUUCAAUCUUUGCAACUGUAACCCCGAUAGUGUGAAGUAUGACUACCUAUCAAGUUGUGAGAUCAAGGUAGAUUCCAUACUUAUGGUUGAUGUGUUUCACAGGAUGAAGUAUGUUGCAGACGAUUCAACAGUUUUUUGGGCAAUAGGGCCAGACUCAAGUAUAAUAGCGAAGCAUGCCGAGUUCAGUGGAAGAGAAGUUGAAAUGAUUGUUCCAUUAGAAGGGCCAAACUCUGGGGAGUUGGCUGUGAAGCUUGUGGUAAAAGAAUGGCAAUUCUCGGACGGUACGCACAGCCUGAACAAGUACAAAAGCAGGUCUCGACAAUCUGUGGAUGGAUCAUCGAUUCUUCCUUCAAGAACAGGACGGAAGAUCAAUGUAACUGUUGUGGAAGGACAAGAUCUAACUGUCAAAGAAAGAUCGGGCAAGUUUAACCCAUAUGUCAAGUUGCAGUAUGGAAAGGCAGUCCAGAAGACAAAGACUUCACAAUUUCCCAAUCCUAUCUGGAACCAAAAGUUUGAAUUUGAAGAGAUUGGAGGGGAUGAGUACCUUAAGAUCAAAUGCUAUACCGAAGAAGUGUUUGGGGAUGAAAGCAUUGGUAGUGCAAGGGUAAAUUUGGAAGCUUUAGUUGAGGGUUCGAUAAGGGAUGCAUGGAUUCCUCUGGAGAAAGUAACCUCAGGAGAACUGCGGCUUCAGAUAGAAGCAGUGAAAGUUGAUGAGGAUGAUGGAUCAAAGAGCAUGACUUCAAGUUCACCUAUUGGCUGGAUUGAACUUGAAAUUAUUGAAGGGAGGGAUCUUAUUGCUGCCGAUCUUAGAGGAACAAGUGAUCCAUACGUUAGGGUGCAAUAUGGAAACUUGAAGAGGCGAACAAAGGUAGUCUUCAAAACUCUCACUCCACAAUGGAACCAGAUGUUAGAGUUUCCGGACGAUGGCAGUCCCUUGGAAUUGCAUGUCAAAGACCAUAAUGCGUUGCUACCUGGAUCCAGUAUAGGUGACUGUGUUGUAGAGUACCAAAGGUUGCCCCCAAACCAAACAUCCGACAAGUGGAUACCUCUGCAAGGUGUGAAAAGAGGCGAGAUACACGUUCGAGUCACCAGGCGAGUCCCUGAACAACCAAAGAGAACUAGCUCAGAUUCUGAAGGCUAUUUGAGUAACUCCCAUAAACUUACAGGCCAGUUGAAGCAGAUGAUGUCAAAGCUCCGAUCUUCUGUUGAAGGUGGGAAUCUCGAUACUGUUUCAUUAGCUUUGAGUGAGAUGGAAAGUGUAGCAGAGACCCAAGAAGAGUACAUGGUACAGCUCGAGACCGAGCAAAUGCUUCUUCUUAACAAGAUAAAAGAGCUUGGUGAAGAAAUCCUUAAUGCUCCACCAGUCUUGGAAAGAAGAUCAUCUGCUGCGAUAUAACAUUCCCUACGUUUCCCCCAUUAUACAGGGUUAUCCGUCUCCGCCAACUGAAGCAGAUUCCUCCCGCACAGCCACAGCCACACAGUCACAGCCGUUCUUCACUCCCGGAAGACUUCUGCCUGGCAGUGUUCAUCCCAACUUUCCUUCCAUUUUUCCUGCAUUCUAAACAGGUUAAGAAUCUCAAAUGCUAAAAUCGCCAUAGCUGGGUAUUUUCCAAUUUCGUUCAAAGUCAUGAGCUUUGCGACUGCUAAAUUAUCAGAGCUCCCACUCAGAGGCCACUCCUCUUUCUUCCCAAAACCCUUCUGCUCCUCGUUGCGAACCAACAAGUACGUCAGAACCCAAAACCCGAAAUCGAGAAACUCCAAUUCCCCAAAUUCUACCUGGUUGUCCAAGUGGCCUCCGAAGGGGAAUUCGGUUAGGGGUACUCCCAAGAAAGAGGUAAGUCGGCCUGUUUAUGAGGAGAAGGCUCGGUAUUUGGCGAGGGAUAAAGGGGAUACUGCAAUUGAGAGAAUCGUACUUCGCUUGAGAAAUUUGGGUUUGGGCGCGGAAGACGAGCAAGGAGAAGAAGGGAGGGAGGAGACCGGGAUUCUGACCGCCGAGUUGCCGCCAGUUAAUGGGGAGGAGAGGCUGGCGGAUCUUUUGAAGCGGGAGUGGAUUAGGCCUGAUACUAUUUUGGACGAGGAUGAUGGUAGUGACGAUGAAAUGGCGUUGCCGUGGGAGAGAGAAGAGAAAGAGAGGGAGAUGCAGGGAAGAGAGGAAGAUGGAGGGAUGGAAAGGAAGAGGAGGCCAAAGGCUCCGACUUUGGCGGAAUUGACGAUUGAGGAUGAAGAAUUGAGAAGGCUGAGGAAGAUGGGAAUGACUUUGAGAGAGAGGAUCAAUGUGCCAAAAGCUGGGAUCACCCAGGAAGUUUUGGAGAAGAUUCAUGAUAAAUGGCGUAAAGCUGAGCUGGUUAGGCUCAAGUUCCACGAGUUUCUCGCCCAUGACAUGAAAACUGGCCACGAGAUUGUCGAGCGUCGCACUGGAGGGUUAGUUUUAUGGAGGGCAGGAAGUGUUAUGAUUGUUUACCGAGGCGGUAACUACCAAGGUCCGAAAUCUCCGGAAUCUGCUAGGCAAGAAGGGGAAUCGCCAUUCAUUCCAGAUGUGUCAUCUGCUGAUUCAUCCUCAUUCAAAAGUGAUGAGGCCGCAUUGCCAGAUUCAGAGAAGUCUGUACUACCAGUUGUGAGACUUCCACAACAGACCGAGACCUUGACCGAGCAGGAAAUUGAAUAUAACCAACUCUUGGAUGGAUUAGGGCCCCGUUAUGAGGCGUGGUGGGGCACUGGAGUGCUUCCUGUGGAUGCUGAUUUGCUUCCACCUAAAGUUCCUGGUUACAUGACGCCUUUUAGGUGUCUUCCUACUGGAAUGCGGCCUCGACUUACUAAUGCUGAGAUGACUAAUUUGAGGAAACUUGCUAAAUCACUUCCCUGCCAUUUUGCCCUUGGGAGGAACAGAAACCAUCAAGGGCUGGCAGUUGCUAUACUCAAACUUUGGGAGCAAAGCCUAAUUGUGAAAAUUGCCGUGAAGCGAGGGAUACAGAAUACGAAUAACAAGCUAAUGGCUGAGGAAAUAAACCAAUUAACAGGAGGUGUCUUGUUGCUCAGAAACAAAUAUUAUAUUGUCAUUUUCCGUGGGAAGGAUUUCCUGCCUGCAAGUGUAGCUGCACAAUUAGCUGAUAGGCAAGAAAUAACCAAACAAAUUCAAGACAACGAAGAGAAAUUAAGAAGCAACCUAGAGGUAGCAUCAUCAGGUAUAGAAGGUGAAGGAAAUGCACUUGCAGGGACCUUGGCAGAGUUUUAUGAAGCACAAGCACGAUGGGGAAGAGAUACAUCUGCAGAAGAACGUGAAAAGAUGGUUGAAGAAGCUGCCAAAGCUAAAACUGCUAGGCUCGUCAGAAAAAUCGAGCAUAAGCUAGCUAAAGCUAACAGCAAGAAGCUUAGAGCAGAGAAACUAUUAUCAAAGAUAGAGGCCUCGAUGGUUCCCGCUGAUCCAGAUUAUGACAGAGAAGCGAUCACUGAUGAGGAAAGGAUUGUGUUCCGGAAAAUUGGGUUGAGAAUGAAGCCAUACUUACCUAUGGGGAUCCGUGGUGUUUUUGAUGGAGUUAUUGAAAACAUGCAUUUGCAUUGGAAGUAUAGAGAGGUUGUGAAGCUAAUAACCAAACAAAAAGACGAUGGCAUUUGUUGAAGAUACAGCUAGACUGCUGGAAUACGAGAGUGGUGGGAUACUGGUGGCAAUAGAAAGAGUACCAAAAGGUUAUGCUCUCAUUUACUACCGUGGGAAGAAUUACCGCCGUCCCAUUAGCUUGAGACCAAGAAAUCUUUUAACAAAAGCAAAGGCAUUGAAGCGUUUUGUAGCAAUGCAACGCCAUGAGGCUCUCAGUCAGCACAUAUAUGAACUGGAGCACACAAUAAAACAAUUGAAAGCCGAAAUUGGUUUAUCUGAGGAUGAUAGUUCUGAUGAUUGGAGCUCAGGUGCAUCGCGAUUGGUAGAUUCUAAUUCAGACUUCACUGAAGGAGAGAAUGAUGCUUCAUAUAUAGCAUCUGAUGAGGAUGGUAGCAAUAAUGACGAGGAAGAAGAGGAGGACCUUGAUUGGGAAGAUGAAGAUUUUGAGUCUUCGGACUCUGAUAAUAGUGACAUUCUUUUAACACAUAAUGUUUAACAAGCUCAUCAAAAUCUGUCUCUUAAGCAAGUGAAUGUGUCCUCCUUCCCAAUGUUCAUCUGCAUAUGCAGGAUUGAUAUACACAUUCUAAGCCUUCCAUGGACAGAGUUACUGAGAAGCAUAUUCUGGAAAUGAAGCUCCAGCUAUGGCAUAGCAAUGGAUUCUGGUGAAGUUCCUGUGAGUGGCGAAGGGAGUUGAUUGUUCGGACUUCUAACCUCGAGACAGAAUCUAGGAUGGAGAAGGUGGUGCUUGUAACAUAGCUAAGGCAAAUGGCCAUCGGACACUUCAGUUGCUGGGUUUAGUUUGUUUGGAAAUUUGUAUGGCAUAUGUUGUACAUACAAAACAAGAUACGGAGAAUAAGCAAAAUUUUGCAGCUUUUUUGAGGGGUUCUGCUCAUGUAUUUGAUACUGUGAUGUCAUUCAUUUCCAGUUUCCUAUUGUAAAAUGUAAUUCAAUGUAAGGUUCAUCGAUAGUGUUAUGUUAGGGUUGUCCCAAGG